CCGAUGCCGGAUGUUGCUGUCCGAGCUGAGCGGGGUCGGCUGUGGCGUGGAGGCGGGCCGCGCAGGCGCAGAGAGCCUGGGCCACGCCGACUGAGGCAGCGUCAGAGCGGGAUGCGGUGACGCCCCUGAGCGACCAUGGCAGCGGCCGACGAGCUGGCCUUCCACGAGUUCGAGGAAGCUUCUGAUCUGCUGGCCGAGACCCCAGAUGCGGCCACCACCAGUGGAAGCAAUCAGCUGACCCCACAGGGGCACGUGGCCGUGGCGGUGGACUCGGGUGGCAGUUAUGGAGCUGAGGAGGAAGUGGAGGAGAGUGACAGGACUGCGCUCCUGCAGGAGGAGAAGCAGCAGCCCGGAUUCUGGACGUUUGGCUACUAUCAGAGUUUCUUUGACGUGGACACAUCCCAGGUCCUGGACCGAAUCCGAGGCUCGCUGCUGCCCCGGCCUGGCCACAACUUUGUGCGGCACCAUCUGCGGAAUCGGCCGGACCUGUAUGGCCCCUUCUGGAUCUGUGCCACACUGGCUUUCGUCUUGGCCGUCACUGGCAACCUGACCCUGGUGCUGGCCCAGAGGAGAGACCCCUCUAUCCACUACAGCCCUCAGUUCCACAAGGUGACCGUGGCCGGCGUCACCAUCUACUGCUACGUUUGGCUGGUGCCGCUGGCGCUGUGGGCCUUCCUGCGGUGGCGGAAGGGGGUCCGCGAGCGCAUGGGGCCUUACACCUUCCUGGAAACCGUGUGCGUCUACGGCUACUCCCUCUUUGUCUUCAUCCCCACCGUGGUCCUGUGGCUCAUCCCUGUCCCAUGGCUGCAGUGGCUCUUCGGGGGGCUGGCCCUGGCCCUGUCAGCCGCUAGCCUGGUGUUCACUCUCUGGCCUGUUGUCCGAGAGGACACCAGGUUGGUGGCUGCGGUGCUGCUCUCGACUGUCGUGCUGCUCCACGCCCUCCUGGCCGUGGGCUGUAAGUUUUACUUCUUCCAGCCGCUGCCUCUGGCGCACCCGGCCCCCCCAACGCAGGCUGCAUCUCUGUCCCCAGACCUCCCGCCGCCGCCCACCUCUAGAGCCCACACCACCUAGGGAAUGCCCGGCCCGAAGGCCCAGCAUGAGGGGACACGGCUGCCCACCCUGCCCCUCAGACGAUGACUGAAGUCUCCCCUGACACCUCGAGAUCACUCUGCUGCUUUCCAGACUUUUCUUACAAAGCAAACACUUUUAUUUUCUAUGCAAAGGUGAUUCCGAGAAUUUGUAGAAAGGUGGGAAAAGGGCAGCAAAGCAGAGAGCUUCCGGGGGGGCUGGUGCCCCCGGGCUCCCCGCCAGGUCUUCUGCUUUCCCUGAUGGGAUGCGUGGGAGAGCAGACAGGGCCACCCCGGCCUCGACUGUGCCUGCCCUUCCUGGGUGCCCAGGGAGCGGGUCCCAGGGCCGAGCCUGAGCUCCACCACGGCCGUGUUCGGGGGGGGUCAGCAACGGGGGAGCAGAAGUAGAAGAAAACUGCCUGUGCUGAAACAUACAUUUCCUUGUUUAUUUGUUUCGUUGGGGGGGGGGGCAGAGGUCCCUGCAAGGCCCCUUCCCAGGCUGGGGAGGGACCAGAAUGCCAUCAUAGUAGUAGGGACUGGAGCGUCUACAAAUAUCAAGGGAAAUAAACAGGCCUAAUGUGAGCUACGAGGGGAAAGGACGCCUUCCACGAUCGAUUCUUGAGGUUUCUCAUGUCGGCCCCAAGUGGCUGACAGUGACCCUUCCCUCCAGGCCCUGGGCCCAUGGGGCCACUUGUUCUAACUCUUGGUAGGGGUGGGGAGGGGACCUGCAGGGGCUCAGGGACAGGACAGCAGCAAGAGGCAGGGGCCGAGGACGGAGGGCCUUCCCGACAGCCGGGGUGGGUUGUACAUUCAAGUGUGAGGUGAACCCUUUGGUGGGAGGCGGGCCUCGGGUCUCCAGAGGCCUGGCCCCACCCCUGUCCCGAAGACUCGGCAGGGCUGCCCCUCACCACUGAGCCUCUGAGUGGGGGGAGAGGGGCUGCUGGCUCGGCCCGGCCGGCCUGGUUUCUCAGAGGGUCUGUGGAUUGACACUGGUUCUUCUCGUAAAAAAAUAAAAUUAAAAAAAGCA